AUCGAUCGAGGCGGCGUAAACCAAGUGCUUUGCUAAGCACUUGGUUUGCUUAGCAAAGCGAGACGUACUUCGUCGUUCUUCAUUCAUCCAGUACAUAUUCAUUCCGGCCACACAGAAACUAUAUAUAUACAUACAUAUAUACAAGUACAACUAACUAGCUAGGGUACAAAUAAACACACACGUACAUAUAAUCAUGGCGGAGACGGCGAUCGCGGCGGUGCUGUCCAAGUUCGGCGAGCUGGCGGCGAGAGAGGCCAAGAUACUGCUGGAGGUGGGCGACGACAUGACGCUGCUGCGCGACCGCCUCGAGUGGCUGCAGGCCUUCAUCGGCGACGCAGACAUCAAGCGCCGGGCCGGCACCGAUCAGUUGACUCUCGUGUGGGUGCGCCAGACACGCGACGUCGCCUUCCAAGCCGAGGAUGCGCUCGACCAAUUUGUUUACCAGGUUGACCUAAAAAGCCAGGGUUAUCGAUCUUGGAAGAAAAUGUGGUAUAAAUACUUGACUGGUUUCUGCACCCAGAUCGUCAGUCGACAUGGCAUGUCUGCCCGAAUCAAAAGAAUCAAUAGGAGACUCGCAAAAAUCUCAGACAGUCAAAAGGAGUACAACAUCGUGUAUAAACCAUUAGCGCAAGUGAUAUCUUCCACGUCAGGCACUUCAUCAUGGUCAGAUGAUCCUGUGGCGCCUAUAGAUGAGAAUGUGAAGCUACUUGGGGAGAUGUUAUUUCAUGAAGAUCCCCAGCUAAUGUUCUUCUUCAUAACCGGGGAGAGUGGUAUCGGGAAGAAUACCGUUGUAAUAAAUAUGUUGGACUCUGAUAAAAUGCCGACCGAGUUGAAAAUUGUUUUGUUUAGGGUGCCACCAGGUGCCACCGUGGAUCUUGUACUCAUGGAAAUAUACAAGAGAGCUGCAGGUGAUAUUUAUUUCACAGAGGAGGGACAAAUAGAGUUAAGUGAUCCAAAGGCAGACGACAUUGAUCAUGAUUAUGUUGAUAUUAGUGAGAAGAUUCGGCGUGUCUUGGUAGGGAAUCGGUAUCUUCUGAUUUUGGGUGGCACAUACUCCAAAACUAUGUUCAAUUGUGUGAGGGCAAGCCUGCCUGAUAGCAACAAUGGAAGCCGAGUGCUGCUAAUACUAGACAAUGAGGACGAACAAGUCGCAUGGCAUGCUUAUAGCAUGAUCCAAGGAGGCAUCAACGGAAUCUUCAUGAGACGUCUGGAUGAAAAAGGGAGCGGACUAUUGUUUCGUUCGAGGGCCUUCAGUAAAGUAGACAUAAGUGAUUAUGGAGACAUGAUGACAACCAACAACAUGUAUAAUGAAAUUGUUUAUGAUAUAACUGGAGGUUACCCUCUGGCUAUAGUGGUUCUGGCAGGACUACUCCGAUUCAAGGAGAGGCCUGGGCAGUGGGAAGCAGUGCUGCAGCUGCUUAGGCCUACUACUGGCCCAAGAAGGAUGGAAGAAGCAUCACUAGCCACUAUAGUACAAGGUGGCAACAACAGUUGUGAAGCAGGCAACCAACAACAGCAGAUAAUUGAUCAAGCUAAUAACAACAACCUUGUGUCAUUGUCGUCCUCAUCCACAACAAGCAGAACAACAACAGCGAUCGAGAGAGUCUUCUGGGCAAGCUUUGAAGACCUUCCCAACGACAUCAAGUCAUGCUUCCUAUACUUGGCUGCUUUCCCAAAGAACACCGACUUCUUUGCCAAUGGCGUCGUGAGGAUGUGGAUUGCAGAGGGAUUCAUCAAGCCACAAAAGGCCAGCAAGACUAUGGAGGAGCUAGGUUAUGACUACGUCAAGGAGCUGGUCCUACGAUGCCUUGUCCAGGUUCGAUCGGUCCGUGACAACUUUGAUGACAUUUUUGAUACCCGCCUCCGUAUUCACCCAAGGCUCAAUGAGCUCCUGUAUUCAGAAGCUCGUGAGGCUGGCUUCAUGGAGGCACAUGACAUGAGUGUGAUACGCCAUGUCUUUGUUCCACCAUCAGUGCGUCGCCUCUCUUAUAUGGGCAUCAGCGACAGAUAUACCACUGCCCCAUUCACCAAGAGGCAAUUCCCCAAGUUACGUACCUUUACAUGCUGGUAUACCACUGCCCAGAACCAGGAGGAGGAGGAGCCAACAACAGUUUGCCAUGAUGAUAUCAAGUUUCUUUGUGGCUCCAAAUUGAUUCGCGUGAUCCAAACAGGUCCACUAAGGCUUAAGGAGUUGCCAGAUAAGAUCGGUGACAUGAUCCACUUGCGCUACUUAGCUGUUAACAGCAAGUACCUCAAGGAGAUCCCAUCCAGCAUAAAAAGGUUGCUCAACCUGCAGACUUUGGACAUAAGGUGCACUCAAGUGGACAAGAUUCACCCAGGCUUCUGGAAGAUAAGGACACUGCGACAUGUGCUUGCAGACAAGCUUAUGCUUCCAGAGAACAACAUUGUCGAGGAUGAAGAACUGGGUGAGUUGCAAACGCUACAGGGCGUGAAACCUGCCACCGCCGCCGCUGCCGGCGGGGGCGGCCGACGAGAAGGAGAAUGGACACAACACAAUUGUCCCCUGCACAAGAUGACCAAGUUGCGGUCACUGUAUCUGCAUGGGAUCUUACGUGAUAAACAUGGGGCAGCAUUGGAGAGUGCUCUCACAAAGAUGCAUCUUCUUGGCCGCUUGGAGCUGCAAGGUGAUGUUCCUUCAUGUGUCUUCACCGCAUGGAGCCUUCGGUGCCUCCAGGUGCUAAGGCUCUUUGGUACCGUGGAAUGGCCUGAGGUUGGGUGGGAUGCUAGCAAGGUCCGGCCCAACCUCGUUAUGCUCCAAUUACGCCCAACCAACAAGGUGCCCCAACACAUGCAAGUGGAAAUCGACAGGAUUCACAAGCGUAACCAAGACUUGACACUAGCUGUGAUUUCUACUACUGCUACACAAGGAGAUGACUUUAAGGAGAUACUAAUUGAAUAACAGAACCAUGCACGUCACGCAUGGCUCAAGCAAGUAACCUGCAAGCAGCAUGAUUGUAUUACUCUAUGCAUGCAUGUCAUGGUGUACAUAUAUCCAUAUUCAUAUUUCAUUCUUCAGUUCUAUGAUGUGUAUCAGGAUGGAACAAUUGUUGUAUUGUGUUGUAU